AAUUUGCUGCUGAAGCAAACCGGCAGCAGAUUCAGCAACAGCGGAAUCACAAGUAACUGCUUUGCGCAGAGUUUUUCAUUCUACCUAUCUCUCUUUCUAUAUAUAUUAUACCCAUCGUGUUGUGGUGUUUGUCAGUCGGUAAAAACGUCAAACAUUAUCGCACCAUGUCUGCCAAGCCUUUGAAAGUUAAAUCCCCCAAUGUCAAAUACACAGAUGAAUAUAUUGAAGCAGAAUAUGAUUAUACGACCACAAGAGUUACUGAUGAUGGGGAUUUUCUCAUCGCCGAACCAUUAACAACUAAAUACACUUUCCGAACCGAGCGGAAAGUUCCUCGUCUUGGUGUGAUGCUGGUGGGCAUCGGAGGCAACAAUGGUUCCACUUUGGCGGCAACGUUGAUAGCAAAUAAAUGCGGGAUGAAAUGGCCAACUAAGAAAGGGAUGCAAGAAUCCAACUUUUAUGGAUCAAUCACCCAAUCUAGUACAGUAUGUCUGGGGAACAGUCCUAGAGGAGAAGAAGUUUUUGUACCUUUAAAUUAUCUACUACCCAUGGUAAAACCCGAGAAUAUCAUUUUGGAUGGUUGGGAUAUCUCAUCUGCCAACGUAGCUGAUGCAAUGGAGAGAGCUCAAGUUCUAGAUUACAAUUUACAGGUACAAGUGAGACCGCAUCUUGAAGGAAUUCGUCCGAGACCUUCCGUUUACAUGCCUGACUUCAUAGCAGCUAACCAAGAAGCACGGGCCAAUAAUGUAUUAUCUGGUACAAAGCAGGAAAUGUUGGAACAACUACGGAAAGAUAUUCGUUCCUUUAAAGAAAAUAAUACUAUUGAUAAGGUCAUUGUUCUCUGGACAGCUAACACUGAAAGGUUUUGUGAUGUUCGUCUUGGACUAAAUGACACUGCAGAUACCCUAAUAAAGAGCAUCCGUAACAAUGAAAGUGAAGUGUCACCAUCCACAUUGUUUGCUGUUGCCAGUAUUUUGGAAGGAUGCACUUAUAUUAAUGGAUCCCCACAGAACACAUUUGUUCCUGGAGUCAUUGAUCUUGCCGAGAAAAAGAAAAUCUUUAUUGCUGGUGAUGACUUCAAAUCUGGUCAGACAAAGUUAAAAUCUGUAUUGGUAGAUUUUCUUGUUAGUGCCGGCAUCAAACCUGUAUCUGUGGUCAGUUACAACCAUCUUGGGAAUAAUGAUGGCAAAAAUCUCUCUGUUCAAAAAACAUUCCGAUCAAAAGAGGUAUCUAAAAGUAAUGUGGUUGAUGAUAUGGUGAAAUCUAAUCCAAUUUUGUACAAGGGCCAGGACUCUCCUGAUCAUACAGUUGUGAUCAAAUAUGUACCUUAUGUGGGAGACAGUAAACGAGCAAUGGAUGAGUACACCUCAGAAAUUAUGAUGGGUGGUCUCAAUACUUUAGUUAUACACAACACCUGCGAAGAUUCUCUAUUGGCUACCCCUCUUAUCCUUGAUCUGGUUAUUAUUUCAGAACUUUGCGAGCGUAUUCAAUUCCGAGUGGCUGAUGAACCAAACUUCCAAAGUUUCAAUUCAAUCCUUUCUAUUCUGAGCUAUUUGUGCAAAGCACCACUAGUACCCAAGAAUACACCACUUGUUAAUUCUUUAUUCCGUCAGAGAGCCUGUAUUGAAAACGUCUUCAGAGCUUGCAUAGGUCUUGCCCCUCUUAACAAUAUGAUGCUGGAAUUCAAGCACCAGAAUAUAUUUUUUGAAGAAUAUUGCAAAGAGUUUUCAACCAAAGAGAAAACAGACCAUUCCUUUAUAAAUGGUAGUUGAAAAAGAGACUAUGAUACUGAUUUUGUACUCUGAUUUUAGAGUUCUUCAUUCAUGUGCCUCUGCAAAUGACGUGUGGAAAUGUUUCUAUCAUAAUUUUGUAUUGACAUUAUUUUAUUUAUGUGUUAGUUAUUUUCAAAAUGAAUUUCUUUGUUUAUCAAUUUGUCACUUCCAUACAUGUGACUGGCUGAUACUAUCCACUCUUUGUAGUCCACUAGCUUCUCCUAGACAUAGAUUGCAUGAGGCAGUCCUUGUACAGCUUCCUUGUGAAUAACUGUUUCAAUUAAUGACAAUCUAUAUGAUAACUAUGCAUUUAAUAAAGUCACUAAGUUAUAGUCUGGUGAAGAUAGCCUAAUUUCAUGUAUCAUUGUAUCAGAUUUGGUAAAUAAAAAAAUUUAUUCCUGUA